AUGGACCAGGAGGCCCAGGAGGCCCAGCUGAUUGUCCAUCUUUCAGAAGCAUUUAAUAAGGACGAGGUGUGGCAGCUGGCCGCUGCAGAAGCAUUGAGCAAGGCCACGAAUCUGGAACGUGUGCUAAUUCGCGGUAGCACAGCGGCCAAACAGCUGAAGCUCGUGGAUGUGCUUAUCCGUAAAACCUCGGCGGCUGGCCUCGGUGCGGGGAGCGCGGCUGGAGCCGGCGCGGCGGCAGGGCCGGGCCCCGGGAGCACGGCAGCUGACGUGGCUUUGGCGGACCUUCAGAGGAAGGUCAGCAAGAUGGAGUCAGUUAUGCCGUUCCUAGUUUCAAAGGUGCUCUUGUGGCGUGACGGCUCCACUGCAACGCACAGCAAGAAGGAGAAAGACUUCAAGACAUCUGCACUGAAGUCGCAGCUGCAGUGUGCAGGGGUGAAGGGCUGCCAGCUGCUGGGGGAAGGCAUCCCCCCAAACUGCGUCAGCCUUGCGCACCUGUGCAAGCUGUCUUGGGCGGAUGGCACAUGCCGCCUGCUGGGCUUGUCCAAGGAGGACGUCUCAUCACCACGCAACGCGCUGCUGCUGUCCGAGCCCAUCAAGCGCGCCUAUAACAACUCGGCUGUUUGCUUCUAUGAGGACCCGGCGGACAAGAAGCUCAAGCUACACAUCCUGUGGGACGAGCUCAAGUCACAGAAGCUCGCCGACUGCCAGUGGCUGGGAGGGCCCAAUGGCAAGGGCUAUGCUGAGUUGACCAAUGCGUUCGGCGACACAACAUACGGCGACCUGGAGGCGCGGCCCCUACAAUACUACAGCAGCACGGUGGUUCCCUUUCGCCACGUGCUCAGCGCCCAUGCGCAGCUGAGCCUUGACCGGGCACAGCGGGAUGGCAAGAUGGCUGGGAGCUGGACCUUCCAGGACUAUCGCUCCAUAGAUAACGUCCUCACCUGGCUUCAAACUGCAGAGCUGCAGGAGCCGCCCAUCGCAGGCAGCGUGUCGGAGUUGUCGGAGGUCAUGAGCAUGAGCAGACGUGGCAGGAGGCUAGCUGGCAGCGGCAACAUGCAGCCGCCAGCAGCGACUGCUGCGCACAGAGCUGUACGACUAGGCUGUGGCGGCGGCCGUGGGCGGCACGCACUUACUCGACUCACGACGGGGCCAUCCCCAUCCGUGGAAGCUGGGUCGCUGAUGCAAGCAAGCAAGGACACAGCGCAUAUUGCACACGGCGGUAACAGGAAGGGCAAGCGCGAGCAGGUGCGUGGUGAAGCACACUACAAGGUAUCACGCUUCGAGGCGACCAACAAGUAUGUUGGUGGCAAGCUAAAGGGCUUAGUAAAAUUCAAAGGGUUCCCUAAAGCGGAAUGGCUGCCUGCGAAGCAGCUGCAGGAGGACCUGAGCCCCGACGCCUAUCGCGCGCUGCGCAAGGCGAUGAAACGCGUGCCCACCAGCGACUAUCAUGCACUCCAGCGAGUCCCGCCCGCGCUGCAGCCCAACUCUCAAGCGUGUGGAACCGUGUGCGCCCAUAGCCAGCUUAUGGAAACCGGACGCAGCUUCCCAGACGCGUGCGCGCUGAACUGCCAGCUCCCACUCGCGCGCCUGCCGACUAUCACCAACUGCCCGUGUGCACCACUACAGUCCGGUAGCUUCCGAGCUGGGCCGCCGUACAACUACCUGCUCACACUCGCGCAGCUGCCGACUGCCACGCUACCGCCUGUACGGGCUCGCCAUCAUGCACCCACGAGGCCCUUCGCUGCCACCGCCGUGUUGGGAACAUGGUGA